CGUAGUAGAAACUUACUUACCAAAGCAAUAUUUCAGAAAGUGGAUUCAACAGAAACGUGGCGGUCUCCCCUUUAAACUAGUUUUACAAAAAUCCUGAAAAGAACAGAGGGAAAAUCCUGCUGGAAAACAUGGAAACAAGCACAAACUGGGUGAAUGCACCUGUAGAGCAAACAUUGACUAAAAUUGGACCUCCAGAUGACUUUGAGCCUUCAAAGAAUGUAAAACCAGCCGAAAAUAAAGAAAAAGAAGCAGGACAUGAGGCACCAAAACUUACAAAGGUAAAAUCACACGAAGAAAACGAAGAGGAUUAUCGGUAUGGUGGUUAUCAUCCAGUAUUUAUUGGGGAAGAAUUCAAUAAGAAGCGAUAUGUGGUGGAACGUAAACUGGGUUGGGGUCAUUUUUCUACUGUUUGGCUUGCUUAUGACCGGUUAGCAAAACGGCGGGUUGCUUUGAAGGUCGUACGAUCAGCAGAACAUUAUCGAGAAACAUCCAUUGAUGAAAUUCGCAUUUUGCAAAAGAUCUGCGAAGGUGAUGACAAACAUCUUGGCAAAAAGCAUGUUAUUGCUUUACUGGACUAUUUCCUACACAGAGGGCCGAAUGGUGCACAUGUGUGUAUGGUGUUUGAAGUCUUAGGAGAAAAUCUACUGAGUCUCAUUCAGUCAUACGGACAUCGUGGUGUCCCGAUGGAAAUUGUCCAAGAAAUUUCUUAUCAGUUGCUCAUUGCAUUAGAUUAUUUACACCGUAAGUGUGGAAUUAUACACACUGAUUUAAAACCCGAAAAUGUUUUGAUUUGUAUUGAUGAUUCAGUAUUAAAUGACAUCGACAGUCAAGCAUCAGUUGGUUCGUCAUCAAAACUUCCCUCGAAUGUGAAUACCGCUGGUUCACUCGGAACUCCUCAAAAGAAGUCGAGCAAAUCAUCUGCGGGCCAGGUGCUUGCUAGUGAUCCAUUUACGUCCACACUAACUCAUUCUCCUGGGUUAGAGGGAGCCGUUUCAGGGAUCAGUCUGCGUGACAAUUCACUCAACAGAUCUGGACAGGGAAAGAAGCCCUUGAUCGAAGUCAAAAUAGCAGACCUUGGUAAUGCCUGUUGGACGAAGAAGCACUUCACAAAUGACAUCCAAACACGACAGUAUCGUUCUCCAGAGGUUAUCCUUGGAUGUCCGUGGGGAGCUUCUGCUGAUUGCUGGAGUUUUGCCUGUAUAAUAUUUGAACUUCUGACAGGUGAUUAUUUAUUUGAUCCAAGAAGUGGAAGUUCCUAUUCCAAAGAAGACGACCACAUAGCUCAAAUCAUUGAGUUGCUCAUGACCUUCCCCAAGCAAAUGGCUUUAUCCGGAAAGCACUCCGGCGAGCUGUUUAAUCGUCGAGGUGAACUCCGUAAUAUACACAAACUAAAGUAUUGGUCAUUGAAAGAUGUUUUGGAACAAAAAUAUCAUAUUAAUGCUUCACUCUCUCAGGAUAUUUCUGACUUUUUAUUACCCCUUCUUUCGUUUGAUCCAGCAAAGCGUGUCAAUGCAGGUUAUAUGAGUAACUCUCCCUGGUUGCGCAAUGUUGCUGACCCAAAUUUCAAGAUUGACAGCUCUGGGCAAUUCGGUGAAUUUAUCCCCGGCUGGGCUAACGAAAUCAGAAAAUAAAAAGAGUACUUUGAACAGCAACAUUCAUGCAUAUAAACAUUUACAUUCGUUAAUUUUGGUGUACCCAGGGUACCGUCUUACAAAAACUUUUAGCCACCCUAUUGACAUGUUUUUCCGUCAUUAUAUUUUUAUUCUGAAGAAUUAUUUUGCUUCUUUCUGAUCUUUUGGUCUCUUAUGCUUUGAUGAAACAAUAAAGACACAACGACAAGAAAAAAAUGAUGUUAAUUUUUGUUAUUUCUUUGUUAAUUUAUUUCUUCUUGCUUCUCUAUCAUUUAAAAUGGACGAAUACACCUUGUUUUAUGAGCACUUUACUAACGAUUCGUGAAUAGGAUUUACUACAUAAUGAUAUUAAAUACUAGUCCAAUGUAUACAAAAUUCAUAUAAAUUUAAAUAAAUAGAAUUGUAAG